AUGGCCAAGAUCUCGCGCGGUGCCCCCGGUGGCAAGCUCAAGAUGACGCUGGGUCUCCCUGUCGGCGCCGUCAUGAACUGUGCCGACAACUCGGGCGCCCGGAACCUGUACAUCAUCGCCGUCAAGGGUAUCGGUGCCCGCCUAAACCGCCUGCCCGCCGGCGGCGUCGGCGAUAUGGUCAUGGCCACGGUCAAGAAGGGCAAGCCCGAGCUGCGCAAGAAGGUCCACCCGGCCGUCAUCGUCAGGCAAUCCAAGCCCUGGAAGCGAUUCGAUGGUGUUUUCCUGUACUUUGAGGACAACGCCGGCGUGAUCGUCAACCCCAAGGGUGAGAUGAAGGGCUCUGCCAUUACCGGCCCUGUCGGCAAGGAGGCCGCCGAGCUGUGGCCCCGUAUCGCCAGCAACUCCGGUGUCGUGAUGUAA